CGGCGUAGCAGUGCGGCAUGGACUGGUGCGGUGGGCGCACACUUCUUUCAAAACAGGUAGCACGCGCUACCGGCUGACACAAACGACGAACUCCCCUCUCGUCCUCUCGUCCUUUCUUGUCCUCGUCAACUGUCGUUCGCGCGCUCGACAUGUGACAGUGCGAUUACAAGUAACGCGCUCGCGAUUCUUCGCCCGAUUUGCGAUUAAGUUCACAUGGAGCACCGACGCCGAACAUCGACGUUCGCGUUUCGAAGUCGUCAUCGUUUCGAAGUCGUUUCGUCCGGGAGUUCGUGUGCGUCCAGUCGCGAGUUUUUCGAAUAAAAUACGCGCGCAGUGAAUUUGAUAUAUCGAACUUUCGAAUCGAAAGAAGAUGUGAUCGCGACACGGUACGCGGUGACCGCGCUGCGACGACGACCGGUCUCGAGUGUGGAAAGGUGUUGGUUGAAAAAUGACGCUUAUAGGUUUGACAUCGGUGAGGACAGUGUUACUGACGUCGUUGCUGUUGACUUCCGCGGUGCUGGUGGUAUUGGCGCGCGCCGAGGAUGUCGCGACCUUGGAGGAUGACCUGGAAUCCCUUUCGACGUCAAACGAGCGGCCACGUCUUGAUACAGGUACGUUGACCAAGUGUUGCUGCGCGCAGCGUCGUCGGAAGCGUGAGAAGAUCGAGGAUCGCCGGAAGUAUGAUGCAUCGGUUGCAGAUCAUCGUCAAGGACGCGCAUCCUCACAUGCGGAGCUGUUAUCGUCGAAAGCUAAACGCGAGCAGACACUACGUAGUAUCCUGACUGCCAGAAGACGACAGAUCCUGAGUCAACGCUCGCAUGAGCCAUCUCGGUCUUUUUUGAAUCGUACCCCGCGACCCAAUACCACCUCGAAAGAUCCUCCGGAUAUCUUCGAGACCCAGGAAACCAAGCACAACAUUUACGUUACUAGCGCGCAAACGGAAGCAUCGGUAAACGAGGAGACUUCGCAAUCAUCGAGGAAAAGUAGCGAGAAAGAAGCCACUUCCGCGGUCAAUCUCGAUUCGAUGGAACUAGAACUCGAACAGCAGACGCCGAAGAUGUCAAAGGACGAAACUUCAUCUACGUCAACGACCGAAAAGUACGAGAGCGCUUCUUCAACGUCGUCUUCAACCGUCAUAUCGACUACAUCCACUAAUAAAAAAUCAGAAGAUGCGGAUACGCGUAAGAAGAAUAUCGUGUCAAUGCCGGAAUCUCUGUACAACCACUUCCGGCCGGUAGAGAGUAACAUUCCGAUGGAAGAUAUGUCGCAGUUCUUGUACUUUGGACAGAAACUUCAACCGGACGCGCAGAACGUAACCAGCAACAGUAGUAAUUCUGGAGAGACGACAUCCUCGGUACCGAUUUCAUCGCGUCGAAGAUACUCUUCCAAGAGAUUCAGUGCGACAAUAGCCACGCCAAUCGAGGAGAUCAUGAACGAUGAGAUGAACAUCGCGCUGGAACGUCGGACAGUCGAGAAGAAUCAGGUUUCACGAAUCAAGAACACGUUUAGAAGUCCAGGUAGUGGACUAUACUACCGGAAGCCGAGGCCCACGUCGGAUGUUGCGUCCAAUGUUAUCUCGGGCAACGAGUCAAAUUCAAGUUCGACAAUUAGCGGAUCGGAUACGAAAAGCGAGAUGAAUACAGUGGACGGUAAGCUUCGUCGUGGUGAUUUGUCCGUUCAUGCGAGCGCUCGGAUCUCGCGAGAGAGAGGAAACGGUGCUACCCACGUGGUCAAAGCGAACACGACGACCCAGAUACCGCGGCAACGUCAUGACGACGCCGAAGUCGACGUCGCGGAGAGUGAAAUCAAUGUGAAAUUCUCGAACGACACUAUUGCUACCGCGAAUGGCAUCAUCGCCGUGAAUCUGGAGAAAAUGUUGAACGAUUUCGCGAAGGACGACAAUGAAAAGAAAGUCGAAACGGAAACGAGAAGCGUCGAGAAAUCGGAGGAUAAACUGACGAAUGUCGUCGAGAAAGUAAUUUCUCCGGCGAAAACGAACUCGAAAUCUCGGGACGUCAAUAAUAUCGAGACAUCGUCGCCGAGAGCGGAAUCGUCGACGCUGCGAAUCGUGGUGCCGGAUGACAACUUCUCGAGUUUCGCGAUCGAGAGCGAGCGGACCCAGCGAAAUACCGUUAAACAGCAACCGGUCCCCGCGGAUCGACCGGUUCGCGUGUCGGUCAAUGAAAAUAUUGCUCCGAAAUCAAUCCCAUCGUCGACGACGGAAUCGUCGGCACCUGUCGUCGUCGUCGACUCGAGUCAGCAGCAGCCACAGCAGCAACACGUGUACGCUUACACGAUAACGAACGUGACGCGAUUGUUGCGCAACUACACCGGGCCCAGGUUAAACGGCGAGGAGAGGCGAGAAGGAGGAGGGGAGGAAGAAGGUGGUGGUGCCGCUGGUCGACCUGCUGGUAGCGGUGCUGAGAUAACGAGCGAUGGACCGUCGCAGCAGCAGCAACUGCCGCCACCACUGCCGCUGCCGCCGUCUUCUCCUCUUCUGCUUCCUCGUGUCGGCUCCGCCAGUAUAGAACCGGCGCGAACGCCGGCGGGACUCAGUACCGGCGCGACCAUCGAGCUAGCCGCAGCUGCUGGAUUGUCGCCCAGUGUUGUUGUCGGUGGCUUGGUGGGGGAACGACCGAGGAAAGUCGUCCCGCAACAGCAGCAACGCGCGUCCAAUCAACGAGCGAUCUGGUCCUUGCCGCAUCCAGCCGGGAACGAUAGCGUUAUCUCGACAACGAGACCCGUAAAGUCGCCUGAGAGCAGAGGAUCGAUCAGGUGGAAUCAGAUUAAGUCGCGCAUCAAUGAGCAAGAGGGUGCUAAUGACCGGAGAUUCUUGAGGAAAAGUGCGAGCGCAGUGCUGAAUCAGAGAUCGACCAUUAACGAAGAGUCUUCAUCCCUGGCGACGAGCAAGCGUCGCAGGGUAUUAGCUUCUCAGAGUGGCUUGUCUUCCGCAAGUAAUGAUAGCAAGAAGGCGAAUUCCAACAAUCGAGAGAAAAUCGAAAGUACCACGGAGGAGUUAACGGUGAACGAUCGCUCGCUGAACGAAACGAUUACGAGUCGCGGUAACGAUUCGGAGGAUGAGGUGCUGGAUUCUCCUCGAAAAAUUGUGCGUGUCAGCGGCCGGGUGAACAGAGUACCAGCUGACGAAAGUUCGCCGGAGACCACCAUCAUGGGGAAUUUGGGUCGAAAUUCGAGCGCAACCGAUGAGACGAUUAAUACGACCGAUCCAUCCGUUCUCGUCGAGACGAUCGCGAUGACGGAAGCGAAUGAGCCCGAUGUUCCUGCGGGAGACGUCGUCAGCGCGUCGAGUGUGAACGACGAAGACAGUAUCGGGAGUGAAGAUUAUCAGAAUGUCGUGAUGUCGAACAAGAGUAGCGACAGUGAUGCGAACGUAACGACGGACAGUGUCACGACCAUGAUAGUGACCGAGCGAGUAGGUGAAACGGUCACGAAAACGACGACGACGACGACAACGACGUCAACAACGCCGGCUGCACCGAUUUUUCCGGUCACGCCUAGGAUAUUAACAGAAGAAGAGAGGACCACGGUGGAUCCGAAAACUUUCAUAGACGCCGGAACGAAGGCGCCGGAAGCGAGCAACCUGGAUCCUUCGGAGAUCCAGAAGAGAUACCGGGCCAAAGACGCAACAUCGACGACCACGACCACGACAAUGAUUUCGCCGAUUCAGAAUGACACUCGUCCUGUGAACGACGCUCCAAAUAAAAAAUCGGAAGUCCUAUCUACGUCGUCGAUACCUGCAGACAACGGAAAACGCAUAUCAGGCGAGAGAUCGCCGGAAGUCCGAGCGCGUAAUUUAUCGGACAAAUCGAAGGAUAAGGACGACGUGUUGCCGAUCAUGCAUCUUUACAACACGUCGGACAUUUUUAAUGGCAGCAGAUCGGUGGACGGAUUCGUACGUGGUACGGAAAAGACGCGAGUGAUGCUUUCGGUGGAUUCCAAAUCACAAAAUGAAAAGAGUCCUGAGAAGACGACAAUGACAACAACGACAACAAUGACGACGACAACGACCGAGAAGACGAGUCAAUCGACUACAAUUGCCACCAGCACGACGGAAAUCAGUGGAAGUACGUCAACCACUAUUCCAGUUCCGAAACCUAAAGAAGCAAGUACUACUGCAAGUACGACGAACUUCCGGAAAGAUAAACACGAGCAGAAUCGCGGCUCUCAGAACACUACUGUCCCCCCAGUGAUGUCUAGAGGAUCUUUCACGCCCGCGGUCAAUAGGACGAGGUAUAGGCCCACCUAUCAUCCCUCGAUCCUGCCGGAAUACAACGGCACGAUGUACCAUCCCGCCGAGCUCAACAGGACGUUCUUCGAAGUUGGCGGACCGAUCUCGGUGAGCCCGCGAGAACCGAUGAACAUCAGUGAGGUGAUAUCGAAGCGUCAUGAUGGCAACGCCACUCAGGAGACGGUUGCCGUAGUCAGCUAUAUCCUGGCCACCCUCGUCGUCUUUCCUAUUGCUGUCGGUGUCGGGCUCAUUCUCAGAAGACUGAUACUUAGGAAUCGUAAGGUGCUCGAAGAGUCGGACACGUCAUCGGAGAUAAGCUGCAGGAAGGACGCUCUUAAUCUCGAAAACGGCGACUUCAAGACCUCCAUCGAGAAGGCGAUCACGAAGCUACCGAGGAUACAACACUUGUGUCACGAAGCUGAGAAAUCACCGCCUCCAUCGUCUCAAGAAUCUAGAUGGGAGUUUCCUAGAGAUAAGCUUAGGUUACAGACAGUUCUCGGGCAAGGAAACUUCGGUCAGGUAUGGAAAGCCGAAGCCGAUGAUUUGACAGGUCAUCAGGGUACGACUCGACUAGUGGCAGUGAAAACAAUCAAAGAAGGUGCUUCUGAUCGUGAAAAGGAAGAUUUGGAUCGAGAACUUGAAAUUAUGAAACAAUUAGGCAGUCAUCCGAAUGUCGUAACACUUUUGGGCUGCUGCACCGAAGAAGAGCCUCAUUAUCUUAUAUUGGAGUACGUCAUGUACGGCAAGCUGCUCGCGUAUCUGCGUGAUCACCGCACGAGACAGUACUUCUACAACUUUAGCGAGGACUCAGCAGCCUUGACAUCUAGAGAUCUCACGGUUUUCGGAUAUUGCGUGGCCAGAGGCAUGGAGUAUCUCGCAUCGAAGAAGAUCAUCCAUCGGGAUCUUGCCGCCCGAAAUGUCCUCGUGGAUCAUAACAAGCUAUGCAAGAUUGCUGAUUUUGGCAUGUCGAGGUUCGCCAACGAAGACGGCGAAGUGAUCGAAACCAGGCAUGGAAGAAAUGCCUUACCAAUCCGAUGGAUGGCCCCCGAAUCAUUGAUCUAUUCUCUUUUUACGAUGAAGACCGACGUUUGGAGUUUUGGGAUUCUGAUGUGGGAAAUCGUCACUCUAGGUUCAACACCGUACCCGGAUAUGACGGCGCGGGAAGUCAUGCGGAACGUACACAACGGUUAUCGUCUGGAGAGGCCUUCGCACUGCCGAAGCGAACUCUUCAGGGUGAUAUCCCGAUGUUGGCACGCUGAUCCUGAUCGUAGGCCGGAAUUCCAGACCUUACGUAGGGAUCUCGCUCAACUGCUGGAGGACAACAUGAAUGGACACUAUGUGGAUCUAGAGAGUUUCGCUUCCGAGUGCACUGACUGAAAAAAAGAGAAAAAAAGAGAGAGUGAAAAAGAAAAAAAGGUGAAAAAAUUAGAUCAUAUCAUUGGAUUAAAUUCUGAUUGAUUGGUUUUAUGCAAAAUAUAUUUGUAUGAUUGACGCGUAAAAAAAUCGAAAUACAUUUAGAAAUAUAUUCAGAAGAAAUUUUCAAUUUGCCAGCUCAAGAACGUGAUGAAGAAUAAAAUAUCAGUUAAAUCGAAUGAUUUAUCGAUAUACGCGUAAGAAUGGCAUUCCGUCCACAAAUUUCUAAAUUUAUCCAAUAUGUGUGGAUGAGUCUCGAUGUUGUUGUACAACUGUAAAGUGUCAUGAUGCGAUAUUAUGUAUUUAAAAAUAAAUCUUCCUUAUUAGAUGGUUCUACGAUACGUUGAAGCAUCCAUAUAAUACAUAAUUAAUUAUGUGAUUUUUCUCUGGUUGAACAAGUAUAAGCAGGACGCAGAACACAAAACAUUGUUACACGCGUGAUGCUGUGAUAAAUGACGAAAAUAAAAAAAAUAUAUAUAUAUAACCAAGACACUAAAGCGUAACGAGAGUUUAUAAAGAUGUGUGUAAGUAUUUCAUUUAGUAUAGUAUUACGUAAAUAGUCCUUAAUUAGUUACAUGACGCUCCAUUUAUCAAUUCUUCGAUAUUUCUUCUUCUAAUAUUAUUUAUAAAUAAAAACUAUUUCAUUAAACGGAAAUAAUCGUUUCACAUGUAUUUGCACACAUUUUGGAGGAUAUUGUGCUAUACAUUACAUAAUAUUCAUUAUAAAUUAUUUUCCAAUCUUAUCGUAGGGAAAAGAACUCAAAUAUUGUUCGGAAAAUAAUAGCGGAUAUUAUUUUCUAUAUAGAUCUAUCUUAAUACUCUUCUUUAUUAUUCCGAUUAUAGAAAAAUUUUAUUCGCCUUGUAUCUUGAAAAUACAAGAAGACUCAAUUUUGCGUCGUAACAUUUGUAUAUAUUGUAUUCCUCGCGCUAUAUGUAUUACAUAGAUAUAAAUAUUAGCAUUAUGUUCGCCGGAAAUCAAAAAGCAUGUCGAGCCGCAUCACUUCGUUGUAACACUGUAAUAAUAAUUAUCACUAUUAAUUGUUGUUAAAAGUAUAUAUAUACAUAUGUCUUAUGUUUCCAAUCGCGCCAGGCGUGUUUAUUCUUAAUCGUUCUAGUCUUUCGCGACGCGUUCUGGGGCGGCGAUUGGUUAUUGAUUAUAUCGCACGCCAUUAUUUUUAUUCUUCGCUUCGAUGAACGGUGCGAAUUCGCUCAAAAAUUGCGAUAUCAGCGAUAUAAUAUUCAUUAUAAUAUUAAAAAAUAUCACAGCCGCUUUAGAAAACCGAUUAAAGCCCCACCACUGUCAGUUGAUUAUUUUAUUAGAUAUUUUUAUCUUACUGUCUUUUCUACGAUAUCGUUUCUGUUCUUUGAAACGAUUUAUCUAUCGUUAUUACUCGAGACCAUCGUUUUCGAAUAUAUUGUAUUUCAGGCAUGACUCUCGCGAAAAAAUGAUUGCGAUCAACAAUACUGUAUGUAGAGUCGAUUGUAUGAAGAACUUUUGUCAGUAAACAUUGUGAGAAAAUUUUAA